UUGUCACUUGUCACAUUCUUGUUGCUGUGUGGUCGGUAUUCGGUUUACUAUUUACAGAAAAAAAUUAUAGUUAAAAUAUACUUUGAGAUUUUCUUUUAUUAAUACUUGUUCAUUAUUUGCAUAAGAAAUUCGUGUUGACUGCCCAGAGUCCGCGAAUUUCAAGUAAUUUCUUUUUACUUUCAACAUCAGAUUUAUCGGGUUUCCACCAUGUCUCAAACCCUCACAUUCGGUGACUCAUGCGCUCCGAUAACAUGUCAUGCUUGGAAUAAGGAUAGGAACCAAAUAGCUUUCUCGCCCAACAACAAUGAAGUCCAUAUAUAUCAGAAAGAAGGAAGUGAGUGGAAGCAGACAGACAAUCUUGUCGAACAUGAUAUGAGAGUGAUGGGUAUAGAUUGGGCUCCUAACACCAAUAGAAUUGUCACUUGCUCUGUUGACCGUAAUGCUUAUGUUUGGACUCAAGGAGAUGAUGGAAAGUGGACUACAACUCUUGUUUUACUGCGCAUUAAUCGCGCCGCUACGUGCGUAAAGUGGUCCCCGAUGGAAAAUAAGUUUGCAGUUGGUUCAGGGGCUCGAUUGAUCUCCAUCUGCUACUUUGAGAAAGAGAAUAAUUGGUGGGUAUCUAAGCACAUCAAAAAACCUAUUCGUUCCACUGUGACUACUCUGGACUGGCAUCCGAAUAAUAUCCUUCUAGUGGCUGGAUCUACUGAUUUUAAAGUCAGGGUAUUCUCUGCUUAUAUAAAGGAUAUCGAAGACCAACCUGGACCUAAUGUUUGGGGCUCCAAGCUUCCCUUGGGCCAGCUAUUAGCCGAGUUCCCUUCGGCUGGAAGUGGCUGGGUACACAGUGUGUCUUUUUCUGCUGAUGGUAAUAAAGUGGCUUGGGUGGGACAUGAUAGUUCCAUCAAUGUUGCUGAUGCUACUCAAGGCAAAACUGUAAUUAAACUCAAGACUGAAUACUUGCCAUUUUUGGGGUGUAUUUGGAUAUCUAACAAUACCCUCAUUGUGGCAGGACAUAGCUGCAUUCCUUUACUUUACUGCCAUGAUGGUGAUGAAAUUAAAUUUGUUGCCAAAUUAGACAAUACUCAGAGAAAAGAAUCAGGAGGUUUGUCUGCCAUGAAGAAGUUCCAGUCGUUAGAUCGUCAAGCUCGUAUCGAGACAAGUGACACGUAUUUGGAUUCUAUCCACCAAAAUGCUAUAACUUGCAUUAAUCUUUACAAAGGAACUAAGGCAGAUGCUGUCAAGUUUAGUACUUCAGGAUUAGAUGGUCAGCUAGUCACUUGGGACCUCAGGUCUAUCGAGUCACUCGAGGAUCUGAGGAUUCACUAAAAGAAAACACAUAAGCUAAAUGUAUCAUUUUAUUUAUUUAAUAAGUGAUAAUAUAAUCAGUUUGCUUUUGAGUUCUGAAACCACUCAAUU